AUGACAGAAAAAGAAGAGGGGCCCCCAUUGGGGCCCACUGCAGCAGCAGCAGCAGCAGACCAUAAAAUAUCAGAGGCCGCAGCACCGUAUGCAGCUGCACAGCAUGCAGCAGCAACGGAUGCUGCAGCAGCAACAGCAGCAGAACCACCACAAGCACCCACACAGGAUGCAGCAGGAGAGGAUGCAGCAGCACCGCGUGCAGAAGCACCUCCUGCUGCAGCAGCAGAUGCAGCAAUUAAGGCCACUGCUGCAUCAACAGAUGCAGCAGCAGCAAAAGAUACAGCACCAACAUCGCAUGCAGCAGCAGCAGCGCAAGCGGCAGCGGCGCAGCAAUAUGCAGCAGCGGCGCAGCAUGCAGCAGCAGCAGGGCAUGCAGCAUCACAAGUGCAGGAUGAAUCAGCAGCACAUGAUACAGCAGCAGCAGCAGCAGCAGCAGCAGCAACAGCAGCACGGACAGAGGCGCCCCACAAGAUAGGGCGUCACGUUUUUUUAGGUGCUGCAGCAGCAGGUGCUGCUGCAGUGGUGCUUCUGUUGCUGCUGCUUGCAUGCGGGGAUUUUGUGGAUCGCGUGCUGCAGGAGGAGUUAUCUCGUGAAUCUGCAGCAGCAGCUGCUGCUGCAGCAGCAGCAGCAGCAGCAAGACGUAUCUUUCGUUGGCGUACAACACCUGCUGCAGGUUUGCUGCAAGAGCAGGUGCUGCAGCAGCAGCUGAUACAGUCUGAGUUAUUGCCUUUGCUGCCUCAACCGCAGCAGCAGCAGCAAGAGCAGCAGCUGCAGCAGCAGCAUGGAGGAGCAGCAGCAUUAAAUGAUGUAAGUGUUACUAUAACACAUAAUGAGUUAUCAAGACACGAGCGUGCUUUGCUGCAGCACUCUCCUGAGCAGCAAUUGCUGCUGCUGCUGCAGCUGCAGCAGCAGCAGCGUCGUCGUCGUGCUGUACCUGGUGGCUAUGCCCCAUCAAUGCGUUUGCUGCAAUCAUUAGUGGAGGCUCAAGCAGGUGCCCGUGCUGCUGCUGCUGCUGCUGCUGCUGCAGCAGGAGCAGGAGCAGGAGCAGCAGGAGUAAGACCCACCACGCAAUUGACGAAAUCAGCAGCAGCAACAGCAACAGCAGCAGCAGCAGCAACAAGACCUAUAGAGGAAGAAGAUAUAGAGGAUUUAUUAUUAAGAGAAGGAUGGUCAUUAGAGGAGAAUAAAAGAGAAAAAACAAUUCGUUUACCAACAGAAUUGCAUGCGUUGCUGAUGAGCGAAGGAGGAUUGGGGCUGCAGGAGUUGCUGCAGGAAGCAGCUGCUGUAAGUAUGUAUAGCAGCAGCAGCAACAGUAGCAUAAGAAGAAAAAGUAUAAUAAGAAGAAAUAAAAGAAAACAGAAAAAGAUAAGUAGUAGUAGUAGCAGCAGCAGCAGCAGCAGCAGCAGCAUGAUUCCCGAUGAAGAUGAGGACACGACCACAACAAGCACGGCCAUAACAACCUCAUCAUCAGCAGCAGCAAGAGCAGCAGCAGCAGCAAGAGCAGCAGCAGCAAGAAUAGGAGAAGAGCCACGUGCAGGAAUGGUUCCUCGUCGUUUAUUAUCUCCUUCUGUAUAUAUAAAUGCAUAUAAACAAUUAAAUGAGGCAGUAGAUCCAGAUAGAUUAACAAGAGCAGUAAAGGUAGGAGGACAAUAUAUAUAUCCAUGGUCUGUAUUCAAUAAUAAGGAAAGGGAGCAAUUAAGGUUAAUGGCUGACCAAUUAAAAUGGUUACCUAAAUGGAUAAAACAAUACAGGAUAGCAAGAAGGCCACCAUUAAUAGCAUUAAGGAAUCAUUUACCUGUAAUUAGACCUUCUUUUGAGGAUAUGUAUGGGGGCCCAGGGCCCCCAUCUAUGGGCGCAGCUGCAGGAGUACGCUAUACAUGGUUAGGUCAUGCUAGUGGUGUUGUAUCUAUAGAUGGAUUAAAUAUACUUAUUGAUCCUGUAUUAGGGGAAGAUAUAGUUGGUGUUAUGAAUGAAUUAGAUGGUGUAUGGAGGAAAUCAUCAUCAUCUUCUCCUUCUAAUUCUCCUAAUGGUGCUGUUAAUGGUUCUCCUAAUGCUGGUCAUAAUGGUGGUGGUAAUAAUGUUGGUGGUGGUGCUGUUGGUGCUGCUGCUGGUGCUGCAGCUAAUACAGCCAUGUCUGUUGCUGCAGCAGGUAGUAGAUUAAGAUCACCAUUCCUUUAUUCAAGAAGAUAUAAUAAUAUUAAUAAUAAUAAUAAUACAACAACAGCAGCAACAACAACAACAGGAACUGCAACAGGGACAGGAACAACAGAGAUUAUAAUACCACAAAGUAAUAGAAGACGUUUAUUUCGUGGUAGUAGUAGAUGGUCAAUAUCCUCCUCCUCCCAACAACAACAACAACAACAACAGCAACUACAGCAGCAGCAACAGCAGCAACAACAACACCAACACCAAUACAACCCGACCACCUCCUCUUCCUCCUCUUCCUCCCAUCAUCAACAACAUCAACAACAACAACAGCAACAAAUGGUACAUGUAGAGCAUACAGGAAUAGAUGGUGAUGGUACAGUAGAUAGAUUUAAGAUAACAUUUGUAGGAAAUGUACAUUGGAGUGGUAGGAGUGCAGCAAAAACAGAUCAUAAUACAUCAUUAUGGGGAGGAUUUGCUAUAAGGGGACCCCGUCACUCCUUUUUCUAUGGAGGCGAUACCUCAUACUUUAAAAAAGAAUUCGAUGAAUUCAAAAAAAUUGGACGCAUUUUGGGGCCCUUCCAUUUAGCAGCAAUUGCAAUUGGGGCUUAUGAGCCAAAUGAGGAUCUAAAAUAUCAGCAUGCAAAUCCACAAGAAGCAUAUAAUCUAUUUAAGGAUAUAAGAGCAGAAGUUGCUGUUGGUAUACAUUGGGGUACUAUGAGAUUAUCUGCAGAAAAUCUAUUUGAUCCUAUGCUUGAAUUAGAAUGUGCAUUAUUAGGUGUAUCAUUGGCUGCAUGCAGAGGUGAAACUUUGCAGCAGCAGCAACAACAACAAUUACUCUUAAUACAGCAACAACAACAGCAGCAACAGCAACAGCAACAGCAACAGCAACAGCAACAGCAGCAACAGGUCGUCAUGGUUCAGGGGAAUCAUCAUACUCCUAGUAAUGCUAUUAUUAGUAUUGGAGGAGGUAUUGGUGGUGGUGGUGCUGGUGGUGCUGAUACUGGGUGUACUAUAAGAAGUACCAAUAAUAAUAAUAAUAGCAGCAACAGCAGCAAUAACAAUAUUAAUCAUAAUAAUCCUAAUGGUUAUAAUAGCAGCAGCAGCAAUACAUCCAGUAUUCAUAGUGAUGGCAGCAGCAGACCAUCAUCAUCAUCUAUUAUUGGUGGUGGGCAUCCUAGCAGCAGCAAAAGUAUAACCACAACAGACAGCAGCAGCAACAGCAGCAACAGCAUGGAUCUAAGUGCUGAUGGGAGAUUAUCUCAUCAGCAACUGCAACAACAUACACAGCAGCAGCAACAACAGCAGCAACAGCAGCAACAGUUGCUGCUGCAACGCGAAGAACAAUCAGAAACUAUUGUUGUUGGAUCUACUGUUACUGCUUCUGUUCUAUUAGAACCUGAACCAGAGAUUGAGGCACCUCCUAUGUCUGCUGCUGCUGCUGCAGUUGCUGCUGCUGCAGCAGCAGCAGCAUUCAAACCAUCACGUGUUGGACGAGAAUCCUUACUCUUACCUCUGCAGCAACAGCAACAGCAGCAACAGCAGCAGCAUCAUGACGGAGAUACAGCAGCAAAUACAAAUAUAAUAGACCCCUCUACAUCUGCUGCUGCUGCUGGUGCUGCUGCUGCUGCUACUGGUACGUCUAAUACCUCUAUAGAUACCGUUUUUGCUGCUCCUCUUACUCAUAGAAGAAGAAGAAGACCACAUAAUAUAAGAGAAGCAUUUAGACCUGGAUAUAAAUUCAAGAUAGGACUACAGCCUCUUGCUCUAUGGAGUGACCCUAUCUUACAUCCUAGUAAUGCAAGAAGAUUAAGACGAGCAGAACGCCUUGAAUCCUUAGGACUACUUACCGACCCUCAUUGGCGUGAGCGUCUGUUAGUUGAAGGCUCUCGUUUCCAGACUCUUCAUAUUGGGCAUUCAAUUCAGGUUGAGGAAGGAGGGGAUGGUACAUAUCUGUUAAUGUCUCGCAGCAGCGCAAGAGAUCAUAUAGAGCCUAAGGCUGCUGCUGAGCAAUAUGCCUUUUUGCCUCUUUAUUUAUCUUCUGCUGCUGCUGCUGCUGCUGCUAAUAAAAGUAAUAAAAAGAGGGAAAAUAAUAUAAAUACAAUAUCUUCUCUUAAUAGAGGAGGAGGAGAUAAAGGAGAUAGCAGCAGCAGCAGCAACAGCAGCAGCAGAGGCAGCAGGCACUCCUAUUCUAAUCAAGGAUCUGCUUUAACUGGGUACAAAGAGCAGCAGCAGCAAAGUCUAUCUGCAGCUGCAGCAGCAGCUGCUGCUGCUGCUGCUGCUGCAGCUGCUGCAGGGGGAGGUGGAGCCAAUCUUGCUGCUUCUAGAGCAGGAUGGGCAGCAGCAGCUGCUGCUGCUGCUGAUGGAGCAGCAGCAGCUGCAGCAGCAGCAUAUGAUGCUUCCGAGGUAGAAGACGCGGACAUGUUUGAUGUUCUUAACUAA